AUGGUGGUCAAAGAAGUUCCUAUGCAGUCUGUUAAACAAGACGUAAAAGAAAUGGAAUCAGUUAGCCGCAGUAAGCUUUACAAAUCUCUGAUUAGCCUACCUAGUAGAAAGGCCAGCGAGAGUCGUAAUAAUAAUCAUAACAAUCGUAUUCGUAGACAAGGUAAGCAAACUAAAUUUAAGAAAUGGAGACGAUUGCCGCCAGAGAUUGUUUCAAGAAUUUUAUCAAUGUUGGAUAAUGAAGGCGACCAGCAGACAAUUGUGGAAUGUCUCUUUGUCAAUCAAACGUUUUACCACGCUGCUAAGGAGGUUUUGUAUAGCUGCCCUCAUUUUACUUCAACUUAUAGGGUUGCCCAGUUUGUUACCUGCUUAAGACAGUGUGAAAAUAAUGGAUUAUUAGUGAGAAAACUAGACCUCUCACAAUUGCGUAGCGGUGAACUUACAGGAUUAGGUGGCAGUUGGAGAGACUGGCAAGCAAGAUACUCAGCAACAAGGAAAUGUGGGCAUAGACCGAGCGUUAGUGUAGGAUCACUGGAAAAUUAUCUCUAUCACAACAAUAACGGUAGCUACAGUAACAACAACAAUUACUACAGCUAUAGCAAUUCAAGAGGUCAUCGUUCCAAUAGUAGUCUGAGUAAUGCGAGCACUAGAAGUGGUAGUAAUAGUAGCGGUGGUAGCGGUGGUAGCAGUAGCAGUAGCAGCGGAGAGUCAAGUAGUUCGGGUGAGACUCCGAGAAAAUGGACCUCACUGUGGACUAAAUUUAAAAGGAAUAGUCAGAAAAAUAAGGCGAUUACAACAUCAAGUGCAUCAAGACCUACUAAUCACAAGAGGUCUGCUUCUACUGCAACAGUAUCUACUGCAUCUAGCACAGGCAUUGCGAAUUAUAAUCAUCCUCAUCCCCAUCCUCAUCAACAUGCAACAAUUAAAAAUUCAGCCCCAUAUGCAUCUUACAAGGAUUUACCCCUAGGUCAUUUGCUACAUCUAUUGCGUCUUUGCAAAAAUUUAAUCCAUCUUGAUCUUUCGCAUUUAAUUCUCUCAACGGAUUUUGAGUUACCUUCCAGUGGUCAACCACAACCAAGAAGUAUGGUGCCUGGUGCACCUGUGGAACCAAGAGCCACGUAUCUAACCGAUUCUACUAAACCAUGGGAUAUGAACAACAAUAACUACAACAACGCACAACUGUGUAAGCUGAAUCCUGAAAUAAUAUUUGAAAUUCUUUUGGAGAGGCCAACAAUUCGUCAAUUACGCAUGGAUAACAUAGUUUGGGUCAGACAAUCGAUGGUGUCAAGUUACGUCUUACAGGCUUUUACCAGCGGUAGAGAAACCCAAUUGCUAAGUUUCAACAGAUCUGGAUUACAUAGACACUUGGCAUGGACCUGCCAAGGCACAGUACAGGAUCUAGUUGCCCUAGUCAUUAUGGACCAUGUAGUAUCUAGUGACGAUUUGGCAUUACAAGGAUUAUUUCCCACUAUCCCUCAAUUGCAUCCUGAUAUACUAGAAAUUUCGCACGUUUUCCCUAUUGAACUACAACCGAAUGGUGUUGGAUCAAGCUUCAUGGUAAGAUUAACCAUUUUGAAAACAAGCGGUAUUACAACUCAUCAUCUAAGGAAGCUAUGCCCACAAUACUUAUCACUGGUGAUUCUAUUGGGAGACACUCCAACAUCAUCCUCUCAACCAAACGUUGUGGAAAAAAGGUUGGCUAAAAGGGCAAAGAUCUCAUUAAGACGGUUGAAAGAACUUCGCAAUACUGAUCUUCGUAGAGCAUUGGGUCAGAACUAUUUAGUAUCGGGUACAAGCGAGAUCUGA